AUGAUAGUUUUAGUAAGACAUGGCGAAAGAGCUGACCAAUGCGAAAUCGAAUGCUAAAAGAUAUUAAAUUCACAUGAUCCUCAUCUUACUCCAAAAGGGUGUGAAUAAGCUAAAUAAGCAGGGAAAUUGAUUCUUGAAGAAAUUGAAGAAUACAGAUUAAUUAAUAUCUAAUCAUCUCCAUUUUUAAGAUGCAUAAUGACUGCUAAAAACAUAGCACAUUAAAUUAAAUAAGAAGAGGUUUCAAUAAAUACAGAAAUUUGUGAAACUUUAUAUCCUUAUUUCUUCUCGAGCAAUCCAUUACCUAGAUUAGUAGUUAAUAAAAAUAGAACACUCUCUUAUUUCUCUCAAAUAACAUUAAUUGAUUAAUAAAUGAAAGAAGAUAAUAUAUAUCCUGAAGAAUUAGAGGAUGUUAAUAACAGAAUAAUAAGUUAUGUUUAAAAACUACUUGAAAAGAUAGAGGAUGAUUAAUGUAUAAUUUUAGUGACUCAUCAGAGACCAUUAAAAUCUAUUUUAGAAUAUUUCAAUUAGUAAACAAAUGAUGUAGGAUACUGUUAAGUAAUUUCAAUUAAAAAAGGGGAAUCUACUUAAUUAGAAGAAUGCAAACUCACAAUUUAUUGA